AUGUGUGAAUUACGCGGAUUUUCUAUUCUACGUCCAAGUGUUGAUUUGGAAACUAUUGAGGAAGAGCCUGAUGAUUAUGUCUCCCAGCAUUCACGUAAUGCCCGUUCUUUAAAGAAUGGCCUUGAGGGUGGGCAUUUUCGUGACAACAUUCGGCAGAAUGUUUAUCAACAGGAAAAUGGAGGACAAAAUAGCCAGACAAACACGAUUACUACUUACGCAACUCAAAAUUCGGAUGGUUUCGACACAAACAGUCUAAAUUAUCUGAAUUGGAAUCGAGGUGGAGGACGUGCCGGCAGCACAAAAUCCAUAAAGAGUGGCAUUAGAAAUACUCGAUAUAGAGGGCUUGGAUAUGGAAAUGGUACAAUUGGGACACAUACUAUUACUGGUGGAACGUCAACGGCUGGAACGUUGAAUGGAACGAGAUAUUUUGGCGAUUCUUGGUUUUAUAAAAAUUAUUUUAAUUUUAUCUCUCCAUUUUAUUUCAUUUAUUUUAGGAAGUCUUUGGACAAAUGGGACCAAAAUUAUUAUUUCAACACGUAUGGACCACCGAGGGAAGAUCCUAUCUCUUUGUAUCAAUGGAGUAACAGUAAAAAUUAUGGUGAUGCUAUACGCCGACAUGUUAGUCAAUUGGAAAAGGAUGAAAAACGGAAAAGACGGUAA